GCUCCUCUGCAUUUGGCUGGUAUGCCGCGGGAUGGGAGAGGCCCGGUCAAUGUGCUGCCCGAAUCAAAAGAUCCCUCAGUUCCACUUCUGCGAUGGCGACUCACUGCAGUUAUUCUUGGGAUCCUCUGCUUGAUUUUAUUGGUAGCAACUGGAGUUCUGGGUAUCAAGGUCAUGGAGCUGAGCCAAGAGAAGAAAGACCCCACCCAGUGUCUGAAGUCCUGCCCAGACCCAAACAGAAGCGUUCCAGGAUUGCCACUGGAUCAACCUCCUGACAAAGAGAAGUGUCCAGUGCGGUGGAGUCACAAAGAGAAAAGAUCCUACCUCUUUUCCUCUGAAAACAGACCUUGGGCACAGUGUAAUUCCUUCUGCAGUUCUCACUCCGCCAGCCUACUCAAGAUUGACAGCCGAGACGAGCUGGAUUUCACCAAGAAGGAGUCAUUUGAGUAUUCUGAAGAACGUGGAAGUGCUACGUACUACUACCCAUUCUGGACUGGAUUGUCGUACAACUCUGAAACAAAGACAUGGGUCUGGGCGGAUGGCACAGGUGUCUCCCCUGGCCUGAUUAAUGCCCUGGUCCCCAGUCAUGGAAAUGAUGCAGGUGGCACUUGUGUGUAUGUCCAAGGUGCGGCGUUUAAGCUAGACAGGUGUGAAGAAACUCGAUUCUGCAUCUGUGAGAAGAUGAAAAGUGCAGGAACAAACUAAGUGCAUUGACCCAGAGACAGGGAACAAUCUGUUCUUGCCAAACUGCAGAAGCUGUGAGGCCUGGGCUUUCCAGAGGUGCCCUCGGGAUACUUCAUAUCACCUAUCUGCUACAGGAAUUUGCUUCUGAAAAUAAACAUCUCCU